UCAACGAAUGGCAAUAUGAAUAUACAUGUAUAUUAUUGUGGCUAUGAGUUGGCUAUUGAGCGCACAAAUGGACUCUUAUAUACUUCAUGUGUGAAAAUACUUCGGCAUUCAAUCCCACGAAUGGUCGACGCGAGUAACACAAGCGAACUGAUCCUCGACUGUGAAUACGUUUACGACGCCAACGACCUGAUGCUUGUCGUCAAGUGGUUUCACAACAACUCUCCCGAACCUAUAUAUCAGUGGAUUCCCGACCGGGGAGUCAGAUAUGUAGGCGAGUUAUUGAGGCAACGGUUUGAUAUGAACUUUUCCGUCAACCCAAACGACAUAUACUCCAAGUUUCGAGCCCUUAAACUCCGGAAUAACAUUACUGUCGACUUAAACGGCAAUUUCUCGUGUGUGGUCACGUCAUUGGCCGGGCAGGACGGCAGACAGGGACAGAUGGUUGUUUAUGUUCCGCCGCAAACAUUUGAUUUCAAUUACACGGAGGUAUCAAAAGGCGACAGAGAGCUGGAGUGUCACGCGAAAGGUGUAUAUCCCCGGCCAGUACUCACACUAUCAGAGCAAACCGCCAGCAGCUCUAACUUUCAUGUGAUUCCCAAAGUGAAUGUCACAACUCAUCAAAACAGCGGU